UUCAGUUUGGGUUCCAACGUCGCGUUGACUUCAACAAUUAAGUGCAUUUUAUUUCUACUCCGCUUCAAGUUUUGCAAUAACGAAAAACCAAAAUGAGUUCUGGUAAACAUUUGGCCAAAGGUUCUGCCAAGCCUGUCCUGCCAGAAGAUGGACUCCUCCGCCUGUUCUCCAUGAGGUUCUGCCCCUAUGCCCAGCGAGCCCAUCUCGUUCUGAAUGCCAAGAAGGUUCCCCAUCACACCGUUUACAUCAAUCUCACCGAAAAACCAGAAUGGUUGGUGGAUGUCAGCCCGCUGCUAAAGGUUCCCGCCCUCCAGUUGGUGGAGGAGAAGGAUCAGCCCUCACUUAUCGAGUCGCUGAUUAUUGCCGAGUACCUGGACGAGAAGUACCCGGAGAAUCCGCUCCUGCCCAGGGAUCCGCUGAAGCGGGCCCAGGACAAGAUCCUGUUGGAGCGCUUCAACGGCAUCACAAGUGGCUUCAUGAAGAUCCUAACGCAGAACACCGGUUUGGAUGAGUUCUGGACGGCGCUGGACAUCUUCGAGCAGGAGCUGGCCAAGCGGGGCACCCGCUUCUUUGGCGGCGAUAAACCCGGAUUCGUGGACUUCAUGAUCUGGCCUUGGUUCGAGCGCCUCUCCGUGAUCGAACUUCAGUUGGGGCAGGAGUAUAGCUUCGACGAGAAGCGCUUCCCCAAAAUAACCCAGUGGAUUGCCCUUCUGAAGGAGGAUGCGGUGGUCAAGUCCUUCUAUGCCACUCCCGAGCAGCAUAACGAGUUCUGGAGGACCCGCAAGGCCGGCAAUGCCAACUACGAUUUGCUGGCUUAGAUCAGUACCUAAAAUUAAUUUAAAAGGCAAGACAUUUAAAUAUUUUAGUAUAAUAAUAUAAUUACAAAAUAAUUUAGAAAAAAAUAAAACACAACACCUUGUUUAAAUAUUCAUGUUUUUCAUGUUUUUUUUUAUAAAUUUAUGUACCAUCAAAAAAUGAUUUCCAACUGACAUAACGUGGCGUAUGAGCAAUUUUUACGGAAACUUAAAAAUAAAAUUGUUUGGUUUUUGUAUACAUCAACCACAUUAAGCGGUGAGAGUAAAGUAUUUUGUAAUGUACGUAACUUUUUAUUGAUAAUUUAAUCAGGUCUUUUUAGAGUUUACUUAUUUAAAUAUCGUCUUUUUGACUUUAAAGUUUAAGCUUAUGUCAUUCAGCAAAGACCAAUACAUUCAAUGAUUUUCCGAACCCCAUUAGGAAUUUGCAUUAUCUAAAAUCUUUUCAGAAUAGUUUAUGUUACUUUUAAUUAAAACCUAUUGGUGUCAGAAUAAUAAUGCUAUCAGAAUAUUA